AGCUUGACAUCAUGUCUGGAAUUGCCUCUAAGAUCGCCCAAGACAGGGCCAAGGCUGACGGUCUUGGCUCCUUCAACAACCCACUGAAGUUUGCGGGUCAAGACUUUGAGAAACUGAAGGCAGAAUGCUUGGCCUCUGGCACUUUAUUUGAAGAUCCAGAAUUUCCCGCUGCUCCGGCCUCAUUGAGCGGUAAACCAUCUAGUCCAGAUUCAGAUAAAGGGCCCGCGUGGAAGAGACCCUUGGAAAUAAACAAGAAACCAAUGUUUAUUGUAGGAGGGGCGGAUCGUGAAGAUAUCCGACAGGGGAAAUUAGGUAACUGCUGGGUCCUCGCCUCCAUCGCAUGUCUCACAACGAAUCAGAAUUGCCUCUUCCACGUGGUUCCACGAGAACAAUCCUUUGACAAGGACUAUGCCGGGAUUUUUCAUUUCUGGAUUUGGCAGUAUGGAGAAUGGGUGGAUGUGGUUGUCGAUGACAAGCUGCCUACCAAGAAUGAUAAGCUCCUCUUUGUAAAGGCCGAAACAUCUAAUGAGUUCUGGAGUACCCUUCUGGAAAAAGCUUAUGCUAAGAUCAAUGGAUCAUAUGAAGCCCUUGUUGGAGGUCAUGCCGAAGAAUCACUGGUAGAUUUUACUGGAGGGGUUAGUGAAAGAUAUGAAACAAAGUCUGUUCCAGAAGACAUGUUCCACAGAGUCCAAAGAGCGCUAAUGAAAAACUGUUUGAUUGCAAGUUCCUCGGCUAAGGUCAAGGGCGUUCGAGAAAGUACUACCGAAAGGAAUAUUGUUCAAGGUCAUGCAUAUUCUCUAACUGGAGCAGAGGAGGUCACCUGUGAUAAAAGUGUGGUAAAGAUCAUCCGAUUGAGGAAUCCCUGGGGUAAAACAGAAUGGAAUGGACCCUUUAGUGAUAAUGCCCCAGAGUGGGACAAGGUGGAUCCCGAAGUAAAAGAAAAACUGAACGUUAAGAAGGAAGAUGGAGAGGGUUGGAUGCCCUUUGAUGAUUAUCUGAAAGCGUUUAAGAAAACAUACAUAUGUAACAUCAACCUGAGCAAGGCGUGCUGUGGUGACGACUGGAAGUGGUGCCUGACAGAAUUCAAUGGAAGCUGGAAGAAGGGAAUCAAUGCUGGAGGGAGGAAAUCUUUGGGCACAUUUUGGAUGAACCCUCAGUUCCGGAUCACAGUGAAGGCUCCAGACGGUGACGCUAACAAAAGGGGAACUGUUGUCGUGUCUCUGACACAGAAGGAUCGAAGGAAGCACAAACCUGAGGGAGUGAAAUACCUUGAAACUGGCUUCUAUAUAUAUAAGGUUAAACCUUCAGACAAAAUUCCUCUGGGGAAGGACUUCUUCAUGAACAAUAAUCAUGUAGCGGCUGCUGACCGUUUUCCCAAUUAUCGUGACCUAUCAGAUGAAUUUGAGCUUCUUCCGGGGGAUUAUGUCAUUGUGGUAGCGACUUUAAAUGCAUCUGAAGAAGCUUCUUUCUACCUCCGUAUUUAUACUGAGAAACCAACCGAAGCACAGGAAGCAGGCGGCAACGCGAAGCCCGAUAUAUAUGAGCCUGUCAUUACUCCAGAGACAGAUGCCAAGUUUGAAAUUGUGAAAGAUGAGUUGCAGAAAGGAGAAUUCAAUGAAAAUGAAGUCAAGAAUCUUCUGAACAAGAUGUUAACGAAAUACCCUGAGAUCAAGUCAGACGGAUUCAGUAUCGAAACAACCCGACAACUGAUCAAACUGAUGGAUCUGGACCAUACAGGGACACUGAGCACGGACGAAUUCAAAAAGGCAUGGCUGAAGAUGGAAAACUACAUGAAAUUUUUCCAGUCAUCGGACACUGACAAGAGCGGAACCAUAAGUGCUCCUGAGCUCAGAAACGCAUUGAUAGAAGCAGGUUUUGAUGUCAACGACACACAUCUAAGAGCCAUCAUCAGUAAAUUUCUCAAUGAAAGCCUCAACUUGGACUUUGAUGCCUUUAUUUAUGCCACAGUCAAACUGGAAACUGUGUACAAAAUGUUUAACAUUUUGGAUUCCAAUCAAAGUGGAUCGAUUAGCCUGUCUUUAUCUGAGUGGCUAGACACAAUCUUGGCCUGAGGAUGGAUCCACAGAUACAAGAAUAAGAGCACAGGGAAGAUGUCUGACCUCAUCCCUCAAUCAGCACGCUCAGUAGAUUCCGAUUACAUCUGUUCUAUGCAAAAAUUUUAAUUAUUUCAAUAAAAUUUUCUCUGA